UUUCACCGUGACGUGUUACAGAGGAGUCCGUCAAAAUGAACUUUUUUCUUAUUGUUUAUGAUGAAACGAAGUGAAUUCUAGGGUAGAAACAGUCCUACAGCUCGUGUCGGCUCGCUUUGAGUAGCAAUAAUGCCUGUGUUGGUUGGAGGAAGAGAUGGAGCGGCUAACAGGAAUCUGCCCUUUCUGUUCGCCGCCGUGUUGUUGCUGUCGGUCGGAGUUGCAGCUAUUCAGGAUGAGCAGAAAGCGAUGCAGGAUCAGCCCCAACAGGAGAAAGCCUCAAGUCCCCAUCCAGCAGGGCCGAUCGUCACUGAGAAUGGCCCCAGUAAAGAAAACCUGGGUUUCAUCCAUGCCUUUGUGGCCUCCUUUUCUGUCAUCAUCGUCUCAGAGUUGGGGGAUAAGACCUUUUUCAUUGCAGCCAUCAUGGCCAUGCGUUAUAAUCGCCUCACCGUGCUGACAGGGGCCAUACUGGCCCUCUGGGUCAUGACUUGCCUUUCAGUAUUGUUUGGGUAUGCUACUACAAUCAUCCCUCGAAUCUACACAUACUAUGUGUCGACUGCUUUGUUUGCCAUUUUUGGGGUGCGCAUGUUGAGGGAGGGACUGAAAAUGAGUCCAGAUGAAGGGCAGGAAGAGCUUGAGGAGGUGCAAGCAGAGAUCAAGAAGAAAGAUGAGGAACUUCAGCGCUCAAAGCUGGCUAAUGGAACUCCAGACGUGGAGGCGGGAACAGGAAGCACCGUCCCUCAGUCUAAAUGGCCCAAACUAAUUUCCCCCAUCUUCAUCCAAGCCUUCACGCUUACCUUCCUGGCAGAGUGGGGGGAUCGUUCACAGCUCACCACCAUUAUUCUAGCUGCCAGAGAGGAUCCAUUUGGAGUCGCAGUAGGAGGCACGAUUGGGCAUUGCUUGUGUACAGGACUGGCCGUAAUUGGAGGAAGAAUGAUCGCUCAGAAAAUAUCUGUGCGGACGGUUACGAUCAUCGGAGGGAUUGUAUUUCUGGCCUUUGCCUUAUCUGCCCUGUUUAUCAAGCCAGAAGCUGGAUUUUAAUUGUUGGAGGGGAAAAAAAGGACAUUUUGUAAAUAAGUGCAAGAUAUAAAGAGACUUUAGUUUGACUCUGUACUUAGAGGUCUCUAUUUCAGAGUCCCACCAGUUGGGUUUUUUUUCUUUUUCUCCAUGUUGAUUCUUAGCUAUUCAGGUCAUGAUGGUCGAGGGUAUUUCAACAGAAGACAAGACUUCCUAAGAAGAAAGCAAGUCUUGAUUUCUUCUGUUUCAACCCCUUGUCUGAUGUGUUUCCUAAGAUAUUUUUUCCCCUUCUGUUUGUGAAUCGUAAGCUAGUUCUCUGAUUUCCCACGAGUUUAAAAGUGCACACGUCACAGUGAAAGGGGGUGCUGCUGCUCACUUUCAGUACGUUUCAUCCCAACUGAAAGUCUGAAUUGUUAUUAGGAAAGACCCCCUACUUUCAGCUAGUUUUUACUUUGGUGUAACGAACUGCUGGCGGGACAAGCUGCAGCCUGAAGGGGAAGAAGCGCUGUGCUCUCUUUUAAGAGCUUUAUUCACAUCAUAAGGACUUAUGAAAAAAGCGGGUGGAAGCCAACGUCUUACUCAACAUACACAGCUGUUUCUCAAACAACCUGGUAUUAAGGACUUUCCCCACUCUGUACUCUUAUAGUUGGCAGCUUUAGCUUUCAGUUGCAUGUUACAGUACAGACCUAGGAGCCUGUGUUUAUUCUUUAUUCAUGAAUAACUU